AUGACAAACGAAAUGACACGAUAAUGACAAGUGACAAAUUGUAUACAAUCUAACCUCAUUUUUGUAUAUAAAUUUCUAAAAAUUUAAUAAUUUUGCACGUGUUUAUUUUAAACCGAAAAUUCUACAUGAAUUAAAUAAAUUAUGCCCCUAGGUAAUUGGGCUAAAAUUGGAAUUGGUUGGUCUGUUGUAGUAGUUGGUGGUAUCUAUUCCUUUUAUUUAGCCAAGUCGAAUGUCGAAAAGAGGCGCUAUGAUAAUAUGAAAAUAAGAGAACGUAUGAGAGAAGCCAAUAGUGGAGAUUAUUCGCCCAGUUAUAGAAAAUUUUCGACUAUAAAGUCCGAAUCGUAAGCAUUUAUUAUAUUAUAUUUAGUUAAAGACUUUACACUUAAAAACAACACAUCAUGUCCCAAAAAGAAGUGCAAAAUAUGCAACUAAUCCAAGAGUUGGAAAUAGAAAUGAUGGCGGAUAUGUACAAUAGACUGACUGCAACUUGUCACAAGAAAUGUGUUCCUCCAGUCUAUGGAGAUGCGGAAAUAGCAAAAGGUGAAGCUGUGUGUUUGGACAGAUGUGUUGCUAAGUUUCUAGAUAUCCAUGAACGCAUUGGCAAAAAACUGGGCCAAAUGUCUAUGCAAGAUGAAGCUUUGUUGAAGAAGUAGUAUGUUACCGAGUUUAGUAGUUGUUAUAAUUGUUCUGUGGUAUUUUAGUUUUGUUUAAAUAAAUAGUUGAAACAAA